CCUUGUGACGUCAGCCGGGUCGGCGGAUCGUGAGCAGGCGCGGAAGGGGCAGGACGCGUUGGUUGGUUUCGUUUCUCCCGCGGAACGGCUGCGCUCCGAACGGAAGCGACAGCACGGGGCCGGAACAGGCCUGUGAGGGGCGGCGUUUGCCGGCCGUUGUGCACACAGCAGCUUGAGGCUGCCCAGCAAACAUGAUGCGCAGUAAGGUGGAGGUAGAGAAGUAUAUCGCUUCAUUGCAGGGCUUCAAGCCUCUGUCGCCCCGUGAGAAAUCACUCAAAGGAUUUUUGUUUGCAAAACUCUACUAUGAAGCCAAAGAAUAUGAACUUGCUAAAAGGGAGGUGUCAGCAUACAUAAAGGUACAGGAAAGGGACCCAAAAGCGCACAGGUUGCUUGGCCAGAUUUAUGAAAUUCAGGGUGACAUUGAAAAGGCCAUUGGUUGUUACAAGCGAGUUAUUGAACUGAAUCCAGUGCAGAAGGAUAUUAUCCUGAAAGUGGCUGAUUUGCUCUGUAAUAAUGGAAACCUUAUUGACGGAAGAGCUGAAUACUGGUUGGAGAGGGCAGCCAAGCAUUUUCCUGGUAAUAGGAUUGUUUAUAAACUGAAGGAAAAGCUACUGAGCUCAAAGGGACAGUUGGACCAUUCUCAGCUGUUUGAUCUUAUUCAGUCUGAACUGCAAUCCAGACCAGAUGAUCCACAUGCUAAUAUACGCUUAGUGGAAUUCUACUGUCAAUUUGGAAAACUUGAAGAAGCAGUGAAUUUCUGCAUGAACACAGAGAAGAGAAGAGCUCUCUCCAGAAGUCUGGAAUGGAAUGCCUGUCUAGUACAGACAUUAAAGCGCUGUCUUGAUUCAUCAGAUGUCUUGGGAACUGAUAAAAGUAGAUCGCGAUCAAUGCAGAGGGAGUUACUUUUAGCUUCCUCUAAUCUUAUGUUUUUGACAUUAUCAAACAGAGAUGUCCAAGAUGCUAUAGAUGCUUUAAUGAGUUUUGAUCAUACAAUGCAUGUCACAAAAUCGUAUAUUACCACAACUAUGGAUGAUCUUUCUGCUGCUUUCAUUGAAAUAAGAGGACACCUGUAUUUGCAUACUGGAUCACUACUUGUAAAGAUGGCUCAGCAGAAUGAGAUCAAGUGGAAAGCAGUUGUAGAUCUUGCUGCAUUGUGUUAUCUGAUUGCCUAUCAGGUUCCUAGACCCAAAAUAAAAUCUAUGAAGGCACAAGAGACAAACAAGGAAUUGCUGAGCUGGUUAGCAUCAGACAGACAAAGUCAAUCAGGUCACAUGUUAUUGAACUUAAUGGUUGGUAAGCCUGACUAUCACAAAGAAGUGGUGAAGACUUUUGCAAAUAAAAGUGGCCAAACCGCAUUGAUUGAAACACUGUUUGGAAGUCUAACUUCUGAAAGGUCUUUUCUAGCCAGUGAUGACAUCCGAGAUGUUACAGGAAGCCAACCAGACAUGAACUAUCUUGUAAAAUGUGAUGAUGGUUGUGUUAGACUGCAUGGUUCAAAUUUGCAGCACCUUGUCUGGCUUGGCUUGCAGCAGUUUUCAAUGGCUCAGUUACCUGUGGUCCGGAGUUGGCUGAAGCAGUUAUUUCCUAAGUUGCCCCAGGAAACAUCACGACUUGACACAAAUGCUCCUGAGACUAUUUGUAUUUUAGAUCUUGAGGUUUUUCUUCUUGGAGUGAUAUUUUCAAGUCACACACAGUUACAAGAUAAAGCAGCUCAUCAUUACAGUUUACACCAACCAAAGUGCUUGCCCCUUUCAAUCAGUAAGCUACUCUAUACAGAGCGACAAAAAGCCUGGUGGGAUGCUGUUUGCAACCUUGUCUACAAAAAAGCACAACCAGGUACAUCAGCUAAGAUGAGACUUAUUAUCCAGCGUGAACUUGCUACUCUAAGGGCAUUAGAAAAACACGGACUUCAACCUGCCCUUAUCAUACACUGGGCACGAAGCUUGGUCAACAUUGGAAGUCGAUUAAAUUCGUAUUAUGACCAAAAAGACUACAUUGGACGGGGUGCCUUCUAUUGGAAGAAAGUUCAGCCAUUGCUGCAGAUCAUUAGGAAGAAAAAGAACAUUCAUGAGCCUAUCGAUCCGUUGUUUAUGCACUUCCAUAGCAAGGAAAUUAAGGUUGAUGAAGUUAACGAUUAUGAAAGGGAAGCGGAGAUUGCUUUUGCUACACUUGAUGUAGUUGAUGGAAAAAUUGAUGAGGCAAUUGCUGCUUUUGAGUCCAUCAAUAACAUUGCUGCACAUUGGAAUCUUGCUUUGAUAUUUCACAGAAGGUCUGAAGAGUAUGAGAAUGGUGAUGGAAUGACACCUGAUGAACAUGAAGAAUGUAAAAUUUGCUUACUGCGUAGUAGAGCAUAUCUAAAGAAAGUGCUGAUUGAAGCUGAAACUAACGUAACAACUAUUGACAGUUUGCCUGUACCUUUAGAUGCAGUAAAAGAAAUGCUAGAAUUGGUAAGUCAGCAUCUUCAAGAAUAUAAUAAUGAUGAGCUUGACCAGGGUGAAGAAGACAACACAUUUUCCCAGAUAGCUGAAAACAGCACUUCUCCAGAGUUGACUCCAGUGAAACAUUCUACCCUAUCUCCAGUAAAGCUUAGUCCAUCGCCAACCAAAAGUUACAAGUGGUCUCCAAAGACUCCUCCACGCUGGGCUGAAGAUCAAAAACAUUUGCUUCAGAUGCUUUGCCAGCAAGUGGAACAGCUAAAGGGUGAAGUCCGUGAGCUGAAAAUGAAUAAUUCAAGUUCAACAGAAUCCCCACGACCCCAGUGGCAAGCAGAUAGUUGUGAUCCCCAUACAGAAAAUUAUCAAGGAGUACAAAGUUUUCAGGGGCCACCUUUAACAGUUGCUACUUCAGGAUCAACUGUGUUCUACAAUCAAUCUCCAAUGUACAAUUCCCAAUAUCAUCUUAGAGCAGCAACCAACGUGGCUCCAACCAAGCAGACUCCUACAUAUGGAAUUGGUCGGAUUCCACCGCAACAGUCUGUGUAUGGAUAUCAGCAGCAAGCUCACACACCUCCUAUUCAAACCAAUUCGGCAUGUAUUUAUUCACAGGAUAUGUAUGGGCCACAAUUGCAUUUUGAAUCUCCUGCAACUGGAUUGCUUUCUCCAUUUGGUGAAGACUACUACAACCAUGGCAUUCCACAAACAAGCACAAACCCACCUUUGCCAGAGCCUGGUUACUUUACUAAGCCGCCUGUAGGAAUGCAACCUAUGAAACCUAUGGAAACUAAAGGACGAUUUGGAACACCUAAUCAACAAAUACAAAAUGAAGCUGCAAAGAAUUCAUUGGUUACUGGACUAUUGCACUCAACACCAGCAACAACAUUUAAAUUUAACUCAAAUUUCAAGAAUAAUGAGGGAGAUUUUACAUUCUCAUCACCACAGAUGAAAGCCCAGGCACCACCAUCAUCUGCUAGUGAUAGUCUCCUAGGAAUUUUAACUGCUGGAAGGCCUAUAAAAAAUGAUUUGAUUCUGGGGCAAAUGUCUACACAAGGAAUGCACAGUCGAGAGAGUCCCUUUUCCCAAGGAGAGCAGCAUUCUUUUAAUGACGUUUUGCCUCAAAGACAAAAUAAGAAUACAUUCAAUGUAUUGAGUAAUCAGGUAUUUGGUUUCAAGGAUACUGGCAAGCCAGCAACUUGUGGAGAUAAUGCUGAAGACAAGGAUGGUGAAAGUGAUCGCGACAGUGUACCUGAUGAAGAUGAUGGGCCACAUUUUGACCCAGUUGUACCACUUCCUGACAAAGUAGAUGUAAAAACAGGAGAAGAAGAUGAGGAACUAUUGUUUUCCAACAGAGCUAAACUCUUCCGUUUUGACACUGAGACCAAAGAAUGGAAGGAACGAGGCAUUGGGUACAUAAAACUACUGCAACACAGGACUUCCAGGAAAAUCCGGCUUCUAAUGAGGCGAGAUCAGGUUCUUAAGAUCUGUGCAAACCAUUAUAUUACUGCAGAUAUGAAGUUGAAACCAAAUAAAGGAUCUGAUAAAUCAUGGGUCUGGUGUGCCUUGGAUUAUUCUGAUGAAAAGCAAGUAUUUGAGCAACUUGCUGUUCGCUUUAAAACAGCAGAUGAGGCUGCAUUGUUCAAAGCCAAAUUUGAAGAAGCACAAAACUUGGUUAAAGAUGAUGAAUUAAAACUGAGCAGUUUGUUUGGUCAAGAACAGAAAAUGGGAAUCAAGUUGAAGUCUGAUAUGGUGAACUUGGGUACUGUUAAGUCUACUGAAGACUCUGGAUUUGCUGCAAAGUUUUUUAAGAAACCUGGUGAGUGGGAUUGCAGCACGUGUUUUGUACGAAACACUGCUUCAGAUUCCAUGUGUCAAUCUUGCCAAAGCCCUAAUGUCACUAAUAGAAAACAAAGUUUACCUUUUGCUUCAGAAAUGGAAGUUGCAAAAUUAGUGCAAAAUGGAAGUGCAGUUGAAGGACCUGAGAAGAUUACAGCUUUUACCAAGCCAAGAGGGUUUGGUGACAAACUUACCAAUACUGAUGCAAAAUCUGCAACCUUUCAGGCACCCAAACCUAAUGGCAAACUUCCUAUUGUUACUUCAUUUGGCCAGUCAGCCUUCAGUGAGAGAACAUCUACUUUGACACAAGACACAUUACAAGGAAUAUUUGCCAGAAAAGGACAGUGUGAUUGCAGCACUUUGCAGAGAAAUUUGGAAGUGACAAAAUGUAUGAGCUGUCAGGCAUCGAAACCCAAUGACAAAAUUCCAGUUGUUACUACAGUUGCCCAACCAGCAUCCAGUGAGAAACCCGCCACACAAAGCUUGGCAGAAUUAUUUUCCAGAAAGGAAGGACAAUGGGAUUGUGAUUCAUGUUGUGUGAGAAAUGAACCAGAAAAGACAAACUGUGUUGCUUGUCAGGCACCCAGAGCAAGCAAUAAAACAGUUGGAGUUUCAGCAGCUUCUACCACAACAUUUGCUCUUGGCCGAGCUUGCCCCAAAUCAGAUGCACCUGAAUUUGGAUUUAAAGUUAACUUCCCAGCAAGUAGUUUUAAAUUUGGGAAUGGUAGUGUAAACAAUACUGCAGGCUUCAAGGUUGAGCCAUCAUCAUCUCAGUCUUCAAGACAGUUUUCCAGUCCUGCAUUUACAUUUUCUUCAGCUAGUUCAGGUGGUAACUUCACAUUUGGUUUGCCAGAUACAUGCAAAGAUUCUGCUAAAAAAACUAGUCAGCAAGGAUCAGCUGCACUCUUCUUAAAAGCCUUUGCUGAGCAAAAGGAGAGGGACAGAAUCACUGCACAAUCAGACAAAGAUCAAGUUCCAAACUCUGCCAUUUCAAACCAAAGUCAAGAUUUUAUUCUAGGUAAUGAUAUGAAUGUCUCUACUUUUGCUGAUUUAGCAAAGUCUGCAGAUAAAGGUUUUCAAUUUGGCUCUAAAGAUCCUAAUUUCAAAGGUUUUGAAGGAGUAGGUCAGCAAUUGUUUUCAACAUGUACAACAGCUACUUCUGCUGAUGAAGAUGAUGAACUGUACAAAACUGAAGAGGGGGAUAAUAUUCAUUUUGAACCUGUGGUUCUUAUGCCUGAAAAAGUAGAUCUGAUUACUGGUGAAGAAGAUGAAUUGGUACUUUAUUCACAGAGAGUUAAGCUAUUUAGAUUUGAUUCAGAAAGCAGCCAGUGGAAGGAGCGGGGUGUUGGAAACCUCAAAGUUCUCCAAAACAAAGCCAAUGGCCGGCUUCGAGUAAUAAUGCGUCGAGAGCAAGUUUUAAAAGUGUGCGCAAAUCACUGGAUAACUACAACAAUGAAUCUCAAACCCUUAAUGGGCUCUGAUAGGGCAUGGAUGUGGUUGGCUAGUGACUUUUCAGAUGGUGAGGCAAAGGCAGAGCAGCUAGCAGCAAAGUUUAAAACACCUGAAUUAGCUGAAGAGUUUAAAGAAAAAUUUGAGGAAUUCCAAAGAUUGCUGUUGGAUAUACCACUACAGACACCUCAUAAACUAUUGGACAAUGGUAAGACUGCUCGGCUAAUACAGAAAGCUGAAGAAAUGAAAAAUGGUUUAAAAGACCUGAAACACUUCUUGAAAGAUGAGAAAGGAAGCUUGCAGGAUGAAGGGAAUGUAUUGAGUUCUGUAUCUGAAAGCAGCAGUACAUCUGGUUUAGUAAUUAAACCACAUUCUGAAAGUACUGGACCUACUUUGGAGUGGGAUAAUUAUGAUCUACGUGAAGAAGCUUUGGAUACUAGUGUAUCUAGCACUGGGUAUGGACCUCCUGACACUAGCAGUCCAGUGAGGAAAAACCUUUUCCGUUUUGGUGAUACAGCAACUGGUUUUAAUUUUAAUUUCCAACCCUGUUUGAGUCCAUUAAAAUCUCCGAAGUUGAAUCAGAGUGGUUUGUCUGUGGGUACAGAUGAAGACUCAGAAUUUGGCCAAGAGGAAGAAAAGGACAUACAGCAUUUUGAACCAGUUAUUCCAUUGCCUGAUUUGAUUGAUGUAGCAACAGGAGAGGAAAAUGAGCAAGUUAUCUUCUGUCACAGAGCUAAACUUUACCGUUAUGAUAAGGAAAUGGUCCAGUGGAAAGAGAGGGGGAUAGGGGACCUGAAAAUUUUACAAAAUUAUGAUACCAAAAAAGUUCGGAUUGUUAUGAGAAGGGAUCAGGUGUUGAAAAUUUGUGCCAAUCACUGGCUGACACCAGAUAUAAAAAUUGAGCCCAUGAAAGGAACUGAGAAAGCUUUUGUUUGGAGUGUAAUGGAUUUUGCAGAUGAUGUGGCAAAGGUGGAACAGUUAGCUGUGCGUUUUAAGCAACAAGAGGUUGCUAACUCUUUCAGAGACCUCUUUGAAGAAGCCAAGAAGGCUCAAGAACAAGGGACAUUAGUUACACCAUUGUCUUCAAGGGAAACUACCCCAAGGGAAUCUCCUUGUAAGAUUUCAGUGUCAAUGAUAGAGGAGACUAUUAAGGAAACGACAGAGCAAACAAAUAGUAAUGUUUCAAUUUCAAAUAGUGCGGUCAAGUCAGCGAAUACUAGCUUGACAGAAGCACCUCCAUUAAAGUUCGUAUUUGGAUGUGCUUCUAUGAAAACCAUUUUCAGCAGUGAGAAUGAGAGACCCUUCACUUUAGGUAAUUCAGCAGCUGGAUCCUUUGGUUUCAGUUUUAAAAGUACAGGCUCAACGUUAAAAGACCAAGUGCAAAGUGACUCCUUUGCUGUAAAGAAUAAACCGCAGGAUGUUGCUAAUGGUGGAUUUGAUUUUAGUAAAGCAGCUGCAUCUCUCUCGUCAAUGGCCAACUUGUUUUCAAAUUCAACAGCAGAAUGUGUGGAAACUGCUUUUGCAACUGAAGAUAAAUCCAAGCAGACUCUAUUUAAUAGACCACAACCUGUUGAAGACAAAGACCUACAGAUUAUUUUUGCAUCUGUACCCACACCUGAACAAGAAGCUCUUGCAAAAGAACUGAAGCUUCCUCCAACGUUUUUUUGCUACAAGAACAAACCUGGCUAUGUUAGUGAUGAUGAAGAUGAUGAAGACUAUGAAACUGCAGUCAAAAAUCUCAAUGGAAAAUUAUAUCCAGAUAAGCCCCAACGGCAAAAAUCAGCUAUCACAGGUAAAAGCUUGAGAACUAACGUGAAACUGGUUCCAGGUGGAUCAGGGGGACAAUUGGCUACUCUUGACUCAGAAUGUGUGUCUGCACCAGGCUCCAGUGUGGGUAAUCUGGAAGAUGGUGACAGUGACUGUUUCAUUGUCUGGGAGAAAUUGCCAACAGAUGAACAGAGGAUGAAAGCUGAAAGUCUGCUGCUCCCUUCUACCUUCUUUUGUGGUUUAAGCAGCGAUACAGAAGGAGAGAAGGAUGAUGAUGACUUUGAGACUGAAAUUAGAAAAAUCAGGGACUUUCAGAUUGCUCAAGAAGGGCACAUCAGCAGCUCCACUGACGCACAGUCUACAGUACAGUUGAAUAAACAGACAAUGGAUAUACCAGCUGCUGUUUCAAGGAUUGAACCAGACUCCACAACAAAUUCCAUACCGAAGGCAGAAUUUCCAGCAUCAGAUGAUGGCAGCCCCAUUGAUUUGUCAGCUAGAAAAGAAAUGGAACCAGAUUCUACCACUCAGGAGAAUGGCAUAUUUGCGUUUAACUCUACAGGAGUUUCUUUUGCAGAUUUGGCUGCAAAGAAUAAAACUUGCACAUUUGCAAAGAAAGAGACCGAUUUUGUAUGGAAAAAUGCAGGAAUUCCUGUUUUUAAUUCGAUAGUGACUCAUAGUCCAGCUGAUGCGGAAGAUGAUGGUGCUGAUGUGGUAGCUGGUGAAGAUAUCCAUUUUGAACCAAUAGUUUCUUUACCAGAGGUUGAAACAAAAUCUGGUGAAGAGGAUGAAGAAAUUAUAUUUAAAGAAAGAUGCAAACUGUAUCGAUGGGACAGAGAUCUUUCUCAGUGGAAAGAGCGAGGUGUUGGAGAUCUAAAAAUUCUGUACCACUCUCAAAAGCACUGCUACCGUAUUCUUAUGAGGAGAGAACAGGUUCUGAAGGUCUGUGCAAAUCAUGUUAUUACUGAUGAAAUGGAACUCAAAUUACUGAAUACAUCAAGUAAUGCAUAUGUUUGGACUGCAGCAGAUUACACUGAUGGCGAAGCAAAAAUAGAACAAUUUGCUGUCAGAUUCAAAACUCCAGAGUUGGCUGCAGUUUACAAGACAAAAUUUGAAGAAUGUCAAAAAGCACUUUCACAGCUCCAAAAAUCUGAAGAAUCGCAAGUUGUAUCCCAAUCAGAUAGCAAUAAUCCUAUUGUUUAUUUUGAUGUAUCAGUUGAUGAGAAGAUCUUGGGACGAAUUAUUAUGGAGCUGCUAGCAAAUAAGGUUCCACGGACAGCUGAAAAUUUCAGAGCCCUUUGCACUGGGGAGAAAGGUUUUGGGUUUAAAAAUUCACUAUUCCACAGGGUCAUUCCAGGAUUUGUUUGCCAGGGUGGUGAUAUCAUUCACUCGAAUGGAACUGGUGGAAAGUCCAUUUAUGGCAAUGAAUUUGAAGAUGAAAGCUUUAGUUUGCGACACACCUGCCCUGGUUUAUUGUCUAUGGCAAAUAAAGGCCCCAACACCAAUAAUUCACAGUUUUUCAUCACGCUGAAAGAAGCCCCACAUUUAGAUUUUAAACACGUGGUUUUUGGCUAUGUCAAAGGCGGCAUGGAUAUUGUAAAACUAAUUGAAACAUUUGGUUCAAAAGAUGGCCACACAAGAAACACCAUUACAAUAACUGAUUGUGGACAAAUUUCUUAAACUGCCCCAUGGCUAAGCACACUAUUAAAAUCUUACAUUAAGGGUUUGGAAUGGUGUAAUACUGGUUAUUGCCUUGGUGCAAAACUUUGCUGGUCUUUGGAUGUCAAUUUUUUGUUGGAUAUUGCAUGUUUCAGAAUAAAAAAUUGACAAACAUUAACAAGCAGUAUAAUCAAUCUUAAACGUACACAUAACAUGGUUUUGUGACGUUUACAGUCCUGUUGAACUCAAGAGGAGAGGUAUUUUAACCCUGCCAAUUGAUUUGGAGAAAAAAUUGUUGUAAUUACAACCUUUGGAAGCUUUUCAUUUGAGAAUUGUUGAGAUGCAAUGUAGUAAUUGCAUUCCAGCACUAAAAGUGGAAAUUGACAGGUAGACUUGGAUGAUUUUUAUUUUUGCCUUGGUUAUGCAUCAUAUUUUGGUGGUGUUCAGAUUACUGCAGCAGAAUACCAGGUGAUUUAUCAAUUCCACUCAUAGAAUGGAGUUAAAUUUUUUGAUGGUAAUUUACUGUCGGUGAAGAAUUAAGUUCUGCUAUCAACAUUGCAAAUACUGAAAUAGAUUGACAUGAUUGUAAAAUGUAAACUUUUUUUAAACAGAUUCUUUAGUAUUUGCUAAUGUUUGUGAUUGGCUCUGUAAUUUUGAAAAUUUAAUUGUUAAAAUCCAUAAGUUUAUACAUAUUUAUAAUAAAGGAGUAAUUCUGUA